AUGAUCAGGCUGCACGGAGCGCGCGUUCGAUCAUCGAUCACCGAUGACGACAGCGGAUGCGGAGAGUCGUCCGUCCAGGCAGGCUCAAGACGGCACAGGAUGUUGGCCUCGAGUCAAGCGGAUACCUCUAGGCCUGGGGAAAGUAGGUUGUUCAUUGAAGGACAAGCUGCAAUAUUGCUCGCUGGACCACCUGAGGGAAACAGAAUUGACACGGUAUCUGAGAGCGUCGCGCGAGUUAAGACUGACAUUCACAAGCUUCUAUCGACAAGGCCGGAUGGACGAGGCUCUCCGGCGGACGAUGAAGACGAGUCGAAGUAUUUGUUGGGAGAGAGUGGCGAGGUAUCAGAUCGUCUCACUCGUGUCCGUGUCUCAGCUUCGAGGGAAAGAGUGCAGGCGACUUCAUGCACACCUUUGCAUACACGCAAACAUCACGCUGCACUGCUGAUGAGUUCUGGAUUGACCUCUCAGCAGACACUACCCUCCAUUACGCACGAUUCCGUCUUGACGGCAUAG